AUGUGGCUCUUCCGACUCGAAUUCCUGACAGCCUACAUGUCAGACGCCGUCGUCAACGGCUUCAUGUUUGGGGCAGCCGUCCAUUCGGCGAGGUCUCAAAUACCUGCACUGCUCGGCAUAAAAGUACCCAAUCGAGACUCGGAAUUCUUCAUGAUAAUCUAUCAACUAAUCGACAUCUGCAAAAAGAUUCCGGAUGUGAACCUCUAUGUACUGGGGAUCUCUGCGGUUUCCAUAACUUUCCUGGUGACUUGCAAGAUGCUGACCGACAAGUACUGGCCGUUCAAGAAGAUUCCAUUUCCGUCAGAGUUGAUUUUGCUAAUCUCCGCCACAAUCUUCUCCUACUUCGUCGAAAUUCACAAGCACUGGAAGGUCAGCAUCAUUGAAGAUAUCCCCACUGGCUUCCCUCCAUUCACCUUCCCAAAACUGGCCCUAUUUCCCGCACUUCUUUCUUAUGGAAUCUCCAUUGCGGUGGUUGCUUUUGCCAUUACAGUAUCGAUGGGUAAAAUGUUUGCGAAGAAACAUGGUUAUACGAUUUAUCCGAAUCAGGAACUCCUAGCCCUCGGCUCCUUAUCUUGCGUAUUGAGCUCGAUUGUAAUCGUGGCCCUACGCUCCCUGAUGAUGAAAGUUCAGGAAGUCCCACCAUUGUGGCGAAUUUCAAAGAUCGAUUGCACCGUUUGGGUCAUCACAGCAGCCGCCGUGCUCGGCUACGAUAUUGUGGAAGGUUUGGUGGUUGGUGUUGUGGUGGCUGUGCUGAGUGUGAUUGCACGGAGUCAAUGGCCUCUGCUCAAUGAAAUUGGCCGAUUGCCAAGUGGUGAUUUUCGAGUGGCAAAUCGGUACGAUUCCGCCGCUGCUCCGAUCGUCCCGGUGAUACGAUUUGAUGCACCUCUCAUUUUCACCAAUGUCGAGCGCUUCAAGCGAGCCAUUCGCCAUGAAAUUGCUACGCUUUCAAGAGUCUACGUAGCGGCCCCUGAAAAAUUACCACUCCCCGAUGAGAAUGAUAUCGUGAAAAACGAGUCUAACGUUCAUUGGGACGUCGUGAUACUGGACUGCAGCACCUGGGUGUAUACGGAUUCGAUGGGGAUUGAAGCUGUUAAGGAGUUAAUACUCGAGAUGCUCUCCAAGAACACGCUGGUACUGUUUUCAGAAGUUAGAAGUGCCGUCCUGAUGCAAUAUCGAAAAGCGGGACUUUUCGAGGUGGCUAGUGAGGACCAAUUCUACCCAUCAACCGCUCACGCGUUGGAAGUAGCGGAAGUCGUGCUAACUAAUGGCUCCAAAUUCAUCGAGGCAGCGGGACUUGGAGACAAGUUGAGAAGAUGCUCCCUUCGAUCCAAUGAU